AUGAUGCUGCUGGUGGAAUUCCCCGAUGGACGGAUUCUCGCUUGCAAGGCUAAUAUGUCAAAUAUUCCACUGGCUAUGGAUACGCCGGUGCGUGAUGUUAUUUUCACAUUGAACAAGCUGACCAGCAGCACGAACUCGAUAAUCCCCGCUUCCUACCCUGGCAAACUACAGCUCGACCGCGUAGCUCUUAUUGGACACUCGCUAGGCGGCGCCACAGCAGCGCAGGCCAUGCUCAACGACACCCGCUUCGCCGGUGGCCUCAACUUCGACGGUAGUCUGCACGGCUCAGUCAUGCAGCAGGGUCUCGAUCGAUUAUUCAUCGGCUUCGGCCAGACCGAUGUUGCAGGACCAGGGUACGAGACGUGGAAUGAAACAUGGCCGCAUCUGCGUGAUUUCGGGAUGCAGCUGCAGUUGAAGGAUUCGCUGUAUCUCACGUUCAGCGACUUGCCGAUUAGAUUCUGCGCCAUCGGCUAG